ACAAGGAAGGACGUGUACAGAAAUGAAUGAUGCUGAGGACACCGACGCAGCAUCCACCUGACCCUAUGUGUUGAGUUUUUUUGUGUAAUUUAGUUGCCUUUUUGGACAUUUCCCUACAAAAGCAACCGUGCGGCUGUAACAAUGUCGAUGUCAACAUUUCAAAAGGUUACGCUCGUGUCUUGUCUCGUGCUCUGCGUUGCUCUUCUGCUUCCGAAAAUGCUGCUAGGCGGAGGAAAGAAGGGUGCACAGACCGAGGGUUCAGGACGGUUUCCUCCCAUGGUGCACCGGCAGAUGGCUCCGGACAGUCAGGGCCAGAGGGCUGCUGGGUCCACCAGGGCACACAACACCGAAGCUAUCGCCAGGGCUAAGGGGGGUGGGGGCACAGGGGUAGGGACCGGGGGCAAGUCCAAUCUGGCAGGGCAGAUCAUCCCCAUCUACGGCUUUGGGAUCCUACUUUACAUCCUCUACAUCCUGUUUAAGAUAACCUCAAAGGGGAAGAGUGCUGUACCAACUGAGCCCAGAUUUCCCUCAGUGAGAGCAGAGAACCGGAAGAGAAAGAUCACGGACUUUGAGCUGACUCAGCUACAGGAUAAGCUGAGGGAGACCGAGAUGGUGAUGGAGAGGAUUGUGUCCAAAGCCAGCUACAGUCCUGAAAGGGUGACAGGGGUGAGUGCCGACCAGGAGGAGAGACUGCUUCUCCAGCUGAGAGAGAUCACGCGGGUGAUGCAGGAGGGCCGCCUGGUGGAGGGGGUCGCUCCCGCAGAGAUGGGGGCCCAACACUAUGAAGGUUUCCCUGAGGAUCCCCAUCCAUGCUGGGAAGAGCCCUUCUGUGGAUACGACAAUACCCAGGCGACCAGCACCGAGGAGCAGCCAGAGAGGACCGACGAGUGUGGGGCUGACCAGAAGGAGAGUGGGGCUUACCAGGAGAAGGGUGGGGCUUACCAGGAGGCGGGUAGGGCUGACCAGGAACGCUGGGCUGACCAGGAUAAGGGUGGGUCUGACCAGGAAGAGGGUGUGGCAAAUGAGGAGGAGAGUGGGGUUGACCAGGAAGAGGGCAGGGCUGACCAGAAGGAGGGUGCGGCUGAGGAUGAUGUAGGUGUAGCUGAGGCAGGGGCUGAUUUGAAUACUGAUGAUGAGGGAGGUGCUAAUUUGGCCACUGGGAAUGAGGAAGGUGGGGCUAAGUGUGAUGUGGGUGGGACUGAGGUGGAGAAAGAAGGAAUGUACAGUGAGGAGGGUGGGGCCAUUGACAAGCUAGGUGUGGCUGAUAAAGACAGGGGCGGUGCAGAGGAGGAGCUUGAGUUUACACUGAAGAUGUCCGUGUUGGAGCGAGAGGAAAAGGACAGUGUUAACCUGUCAACGGAGAUGUCAACUAGCCGUUUUCGCGUUAGAAGGAAAAGGAACAAGAAGCAGAAGAAAUGACCAAAAGGAAACAAAAUUAAUUGACUUCCUUAAAUUCCUUCCCAUACUUCGGAAAGAGGAGUGCGCCCUACAAACUUGUGUCUGGCUAUGCCUGUCUAGCAACAUUUCUUCCUAGCCUCCAACGCUUCCAAACAGGAUGGGCCGUAGCAUGAAGGUUGGCAGUUAUCCAGUCUGUAAAAGAGUAGAGGAGCAAAAAGCUCCACCCAAGAAAGAUAGUAUCCCUUCCUCUCUUGCUAAGUGACAGUCUGAAGCAGAAGUCAUACCCACAGUAUUGUACCAGUGCCUGGUUCAGAUGUCCACUGUCGCAUAAUAGCUUUGGCACAAUGUGCAUUACAGUAAACUGAAUGAUUUGGAUUGCACUGUGCUCCUACUGUCACACUGUCUUUAUUCACAUCUGGGCUUGAGAGGAUGCUUUUUGUCCUCUUAGUGCAAUAAACCGUAAUUAGAAUAAAUGGGAUUGAUCUUAUUUCAUGGCUAUAAUGCAACAAGUUAUUGAAAAAGCAUUCACUUUUAUACACUAUUUAUUCACUAUAUACACACCUGUAUGUAAGUGUUACAAAACUGCUGUGGAAUCUCACAAAUAAAACACUGGUUUGACAACAA